GAUAUGGGGGUGCCGUGGGGCUGCGGUUGGGGUUGGAUAUGGGGGUGCCGUGGGGCAGGGUUGGAGGACGGAUAUGGGGGUGCUGUGGGGCUGCGGUUGGGGGGCGGAAGCGGCGCCGUGGGGCUGUGGUUUUGUGGGGGGCCGAGCCGCUCCCUUCCUGCCGGGCUCAACUUCUGCAGUCGGGGCGGCAGCGCCAUGGGGCCCCAUGUCCUCGUCCUCGGCUUUUGGGUGCUGGGGCUGUGUGGGGCCACGGACCGACAGCCCCAGCUGCAGCUGCAGGACGGGCCGUGGGCGCGGGUGGGGGACACGCUGCACCUCCACUGCUCGGGGCCGGGACCCCACUUCCAGCUGCUGCACGGGAACGGCUCCAGCCCGGUGAAAACCAUCACCUCCCACGGCGGCUUCGCCACCUUCCGCCUCCCCGUGGCCGCGCCCCACGACGGGGGGCUCUACACCUGCCGCUGCUGGGACCCCCCCGGCCCCCCCAGCGAGCCCGUCGAGGUGCUGGUCAUCGACCCCAACCUGGCGCCCCCCAAGCUCUCGCUGCCGCAGCCGCUGCCGCAGCCGCUGCCGCGGGGCUCCAACGUCUCGGUGGUCUGCGAGGGCCCCCCCGGGGCCGGCACCGUCCGCCUGUACCGGGAGGGGGGGCGGGCGGCCGUGAGGCGGCGCUGGGGGGCGCUGGGGGGCGCCGUGCCCCUCCCCCUCGGCCCCCUCCUCCCCUCCGACCAGGGCACCUACGUCUGCCUCUACAGCCCCGAGGGCGGGGGGGUCUCCAGCCCCAGCCCCCCGCUGCUGCUCCUGGUGGAAGGUGGGGAGAUUGUCCCCGUGGACCCCGACUGGGAGGGCUGCGGUCACUGGAGGCCCACUGCCACCCGCCCCCGCCCCUGAACGCCUGGGGACCCCCCCAAGACGCCUGGGGACCCCCCCAAGAUGCCUGGGGACCCCCCAGAUGCCUGGGGACCCCCCCAAGACACCUGGGGACCCCCCCAAGAUGCCUGGGGACC